GAAUAUAGGUAUUUGGCAUCGAGAGUUCAUCGAGAUGAGAAAAGUUAAUGAAAGUUAAAAUAGCAAGUUUUGCCGUCAUGCAUGCAAGAUAGGCACGUUUUUAAUACUAAGGAAUUCAAAAACCUUUCAUCUGUUUUCCAACUUUUCAUUACGUCAUUACAUUUCUAAAACAAUAAAUUGGAUGUCUUCCGUCAUCGUGAUCGUCCGUAUUCGCCGCGGGGAUUCCCUUUUACAUGGGUGGUGUCCUUUGUUCUCAGGAUGUUGCUAAGGGCUGAUGCAACCUCAGACUUUAUUCUACAACUUAAAUGGUUCAAGAGUAUGCUGCUGGUAACGUGCAAGGCAUGAAACAUCUUUGAUAGGAGUUAUAUAACAACUGACACAGAGUACAGACUGUCUGAGAUCGGACGAUGGUGAAAACAGGGCGCGUGGGGCGAUUUAAUCAAGACCCUCACAAUGAAGAUCGACGAGGUGCCCUCAGCGGGCAGCGCGCCCGCGGCCCCGCUGGCCACCCCAGAGCAGCUGCGCGCCAUCGGCGCCGUGCUGCGCGACCCGGCCCGGCCGCUCAAGGAGCGGUUCCGCGCGCUCUUCACGCUGCGCAACCUGCCGGGCGCGCAGUCGGUGCAGCUCAUCAGCGAGGCCUUCUCGGACGAGUCGGCGCUGCUGAAACACGAGCUGGCCUACUGCCUGGGCCAGAUGGGCGACCGGGCCGCGCUGCCCGUGCUCACCACCGUCCUGGAGAACACCGCCGAGAACCCCAUGGUCCGACACGAGGCCGGCGAGGCGAUGGGCGCCAUCGGUGACCCCUCCGCGCUGCCGGUGCUGACGCGCCUGUGCUCGGACCCCACUCCGGAGGUGGCCGAGACCUGUCAGCUGGCCGUCCGGCGGAUAAAGUGGCUCCAGGACGAACAGAGCCGCAAGGAGCGUCUCAGUGAGAACCCGUACGCGUCCGUGGACCCGGCGCCUCCUGCCGACGAGCCGAGCCAGCUGAGCUGCGCCCAGCUGCGCGCCACUUUGCUCGACGACAGCGUGCCGCUGUUCGAGCGUUACCGCGCCAUGUUCACGCUGAGGAACCGCGGCGACGCCGAGAGCGUCACAGCCCUGGCCGACGGUCUGCGGUGCGGCAGCGCCCUGUUCCGACACGAGAUAGCCUACGUGCUGGGUCAGGUGGCGCACCCGGCCGCCACCAAACAGCUCGAGACCAGCCUGCGAGACCAGCACGAGAGCGACAUGGUUCGUCACGAGUGCGCCGAGGCGCUGGGCGCCAUCGGCACGCCCGAGUGUCUGCAGCUGCUCUCGGAGUACGGCGGCGACCAGGCGCGCGUCGUCCGCGAGUCGGUCGAGGUGGCGCUGGACAUGUGCGAGUACGAGCAGAGCGCCGCCUUCCAGUACGCCGACGGCCUGACGACGAGCAGCUGACGACCGCCGGCCGUCACCGCCGUAUCGACCGUCCUGUGAUGCUACUGGAAAGGACUCUGUCCGGUGAUCUAUCACUUGCGCAGAUGUAACUGUCCGGUGAUCAUGUAUCGUUCGUGACGUCACCUAUAAACGCGAACAUUAUCCAGUCAUGUCAUCUUCGGACUGUGUCCUGUCAUGUCAUAAACGCCGACAGCUA